GCACGUCCUCACUGACUGUUACGUCUCUGCUCUCCUCCCCGGCCUUUAUGAGGCUGCGGCUGAGGCUGCGGCUGCGGCGGAGCCUUCCCCGACCUUGAGAGCGAAUGGAGGCUGUUCAGGCUGCGGCUCCGGGUCUUCGAGGAAAGAAACAUAAACCAGGAGAUGGCGUCUCAGCAAAUAAUUUAUUCCCAGGAGAAGAAGAAAGUGAAAUUGAGACUGAGCAGAUAUCUGCUGUUGAUUAUGAGUAUGGUGAAGAAGAAGAAAGUGAAAUUGAGACUGAGCAGAUAUCUGCUGUUGAUUAUGAGUAUGGUGAAGAAGAAGAAAGAGAAGAUUAUGUGGAAGAAAGUAAUGAACAGCAAGAUAUAUUAGUUGAAGAUGAUCUGAACAAUAAUAGGAUUGAGUAUAAAUCUGGAAUGCAAGAAUGGCCAGAUGGUUCUUUCUAUAGAGGCGAAUUUUCAUUUGAUUUAAAACUUGGAUAUGGAGAAUUUGCCUGGGACAAUGGUGAGAGAUACAUAGGGCAAUUUUAUAAAGAUCACCGUCAUGGCAAAGGAAUUUACUUUUGGCCUAAUGGCUCCAGAUUUAAAGGUUCAUUUUAUCUUAAUCGUAAAGAAGGCUAUGGGACCAUGGAAUUUAUUGAUGGAAAACAAUUUCAAGGGCUUUACAAGGCUGAUGAGCGUUUUGGACCAGGAAUUGAAACUUAUCCAGAUAAUAGGCAAGAUGUUGGCCUGUGGCAUCGAAACCAUCUUAUUAAACUAUGUACAGAAGUUCCUGAGCAUUUUACUCUGUUUGAUUUCCCAGAACUCAGUAUCUAUUUUGAUGCUGGGUCUAAAGAACAGUAUAUUUCAGAGGAAAGUAUUUCUAUAUGGGACUUGAAUGAAGAAAAGGAUCCAUUUUUCUACAGAUUCAAAUGCCUUAUCCUAAAUGAUGACAACUAUACAUUGCCUGCUAAUAUGUAUAUAUAUUCAAUUGAUGCAGAUAAUCUUCCUCUUACUCAAUCCUUCUUGAAAGAAUUUGAUUUUCAAUAUUUCAAGAAGAGAAAACAUCACUCUUCUGAAAAACCAUGGUGUAUAACCAACAUAACCCCUAUUCUGGUUAAGAUGCAGAAAAACAUAUAUAAGUAUAGGCAUUGCCAGAGUGACAUAGACUGGGAUAUUAAUGCCAUUAUCAAAGGCAACCGGCAUGGUUUUGGAGCUAAAGGUCCCAAAGAGCUUAUUGCUGAAGAACUGAUUGAGAAAUCAGCAGAAGGAGACUAUAAAAGAGUUUAUGAAAUUCUGAGGGACAAUCUGGCCCAUCCUGAUAUAGCAGAUAUGAGUGGAUAUACUGCUCUUUCUGCUGCUGCUUUGAAUUAUCAAGAAGACAUCAUCAACCUUCUUCUAGAUUGUGGAGCUGAUGUGAAUAAAUGCAAUGAUGAAGGAUUAUCAACUUUAUCCAUGUGUGUUAUUCACUAUUUCCCUGCAGAAGGAUUUCAGCCCAAUAUUGCCGAAAGGAAUAUCUUUUUAAAAGAGUUUGAAGACAGCCUUGAAGAAAUGUCUAAAUCAUCUCUACCAUUAUCACGGUCAGAGAUCUCUCAAUUUUCUGAAGCGAGUUCAAUUGCUACUUCCCCAGCAUCAGUUGAAGAGUUGUCAUUGUCAGUUGAAAAUACAGAAUUUGUCCCAGAUGUUGGAAUUAAGUCAUCGGAGGAAACAGACAAUGGAGAAAAGAGCUCUGGGACAAUUUGUGGUGUUUACAACUACAAAAUUAAGAUUUCUCCAGAAACUAUGCAUCAUGGUGCAGUUGUUCUUAGCCAACAUAUGUUACAAACUCACAGUUACCCAGACACUGGGGACUCUGUUCCUCAGGAAGGCACCUUACUUAGAAUGGCAACAUCAUUAACAGAACAAAAAAAGAGAAUGUCUAUAAUUAAAGUGCUUGUAAGGAGAGGUGCUGAUCCAAAUAUUUCCAACAUCCCUAUGCAUGUACUGUUCUUUGCUGUUAAAUCCGCUGAUGCAGAAGGUGUGCGAAUACUUCUAGAAGCUGGAGCAAGAACUGACAUACGACUUCCAGCCAAACUUGCGGGUGUGGCUCCUCUUCAUAUUGCUGCUGCCCUUCCUGGUGUUGAAGGGAUUGUAAUCACAGAAUUACUACUUCAUGCUGCUGCAGAUCCUGAUGUCAGGGCAGAAGAUGAGAAUGAUACAUUCCGGCUAGAUAAGAUUGCAACAAAGCUUGAUAUUGGUGAAUCAGUAUCUUCCAUGAAAAUGAAUAAUGAAACCGGACCACCCAAAGGUUACUACAGAGAAUGUACUAUUGUUCCAGAGGAAGGUGGGAGGACACCUCUUCAUAUUGCCUGUGAGAGGGAAGACAAUUUUACGAAUACUGGCAAAGUUAUUCAUCUUCUGUUAGAUCACAAUGCAAAUCCAAAUGUCCUGUGGAGUGGCCAUUCCCCUCUUUCACUAGCAGUUGCUUGUGGAAAUGAACAGGCAGUAGCUGAACUUCUGGCUGGUGGAGCUGAACCAAAUCUACCUUUAAGCCAAAGUAUUGCAAGUGCCUUGUGUGCUGUUGUUAAUCCUGCAUAUGAACAGAGUGGGACAAUAGCAGCUAAGAUGGCACAGAUUGAUUCUCUCCUAGCAGCAGGUGCAGAUAUGUUGAUGCCAAUUACUCUUAUUGAAGAGGGUAGAACUGCAGUGGGGACAGUUGUGGACUAUGCAUAUUUCAAAUAUUAUCAGGAUAAAAGAGUGUUGCAUAUUCCCCUCCAUUCUCUGUCACCAAUAGAGAGGGAUACAUAUGCAUUUCGACGAAAGAUGCUGGAUUUUCUCAGUGAACGGCUUCGUGAGUGUGUCAGUGAAAAAGAAAAACAGUGGGAUGAAGAAGAACUUAGGAAAAUCAAAAUUGCUUCUGCAGGAGUAAGAAAGAAAUCUAUAAAUCCAUCUUUAGGACCAUUACCAGAAAUAGAUUCAUCAAAACUCUUCUUUAAAUACUGCUACCAGUGUGGGCGAUCUGUUGGUGUGACCCUUACACCUUGUCUACAUUGUUUUGAGAUCUUCACUUGCAGCAAGUCUUGCAAAGUCAGGGCUUGGAAUGAACGGCAUAAACGAGAGUGUUUACAAACAGAGAGCACAUCUUCGUCUGAAGAAGUCCCACCUGUUAGGGAGGUGAGACAGCGUAAAGCCAGUGUUAAAACAAAAGUGACUGUUCAAUACCUAAAAUCAAAGGACACGAAAGCAAAGAAGCAGGCAGCAGGCAGACAUAAAAAGGAAGAGAUGGAAAAGUGGAAACAAGAUAGAAGACGACGAGCCCCUGUGCAGGCUAGCAGUCGAGCAGAUCUCCCUUACACUGGAAACUAUAGUUUCAUUUAGAUACUAUUCUUCAUGAUGCAGGUCUGAUAAAAUUGAUGUUCAAAAUGCUGCAUAAGGAAGGAUGAAAAGACACUUGUUUUUAAGACAUAAAUUAAGAAAUGGUGUACUCUUUCGUUAUUUUGGGGAACCAGUUUAAACAAAUGCCUGGUAUUUUCAUUUAGGCAUGUAAUAGUGAAGUGCCCAUACUCUUCCAAAGUCUGUUCUUUUAAAUAAAUAUGAUUAAAAAAAAAAAAAGAAUCUAGUAAGGUUUACCACAUUUUAACUUGGGAAGAUAGAAUGACUCUUCUGGUGAUACAGACAUUUCUAUCAUCAUCAGGUCUUUCAAAUUCCUCAGCUGAUGGGUAACAUUAACCCUCAUAAUUGUUUAACUCGAUGUGCUGCUUAGUUUCCAUAACAAUGUGAUUUUUGCCAAGCAGUUGAUGGUUCUAGUACUAGCAUAAAUGUAUGUAUCCUUCUGUUAUUGUGCUUCCAGGAAUUUCAGAGACCAGGGAGAAUCCGUUUUUAUUGAUUUUAAAUACCCAUGAGUUAGAGAACUGAAACAAUUGUUUCAUCUGUUCAGUUGACAGAAACAAAGAAUGCUGUUUCCACAAGCUCUCAGUCAUACGUGAGUGGUGAUUUUUAAAAUCGUAUCCUUGAAAUCUGAUUUGCCGCAUUAAACUGGUAGAAUUCAUGAUUAAAAGUUUCUGUUCAGAGUAAUAAAACAGCACAGAUCUUAUUUUAGUUGAAGCUCAGUUGGAAAAUUUAUUGUAUUAUUGAAUGAGGCAAUUGUUUUUAUAUGUAAUCCCCUGUAGGCUUGGUACUAAAACAUUGCAUUAUUAGUGAUCUUUUCAAUUACAGAUCCUUUUGCAGUCAGCAAAAAUGGGGUAGAAUUUAGCAGUGUCUGUUCUUGUAAUUGAGGGUGAAAAAAUGCUAGCAGUUGUCUUGCUUAAGGCUACUGAUGGUGUUAAUAAUAUUGAAGUAUCCUAUUGUUAUGCCUCUGCUGUAAUAUAUUUCAGAUAUUACACAAUUGAAUUAUAUCUAAAACAUGUUUUCUUAUUUUAGUUAUGAAUAUAAAUAAAAUAGUUUAUAUUUAUAUAACAUGGCACUUACGUGUAUAAUUAGAAGUGAGUUUCACUUCUAAUAAUUAGAAGUGAGUUUCUUUAAGUUAAUAUCUAUUCCUUUAAUAAGGCGGUGGGUGGGCUAGGAAUGUAUCCAGAAAGAGCGGUCAAAUAUCUAUAAAUCUGGAAUUUAAGAAGCCAAAACCGUCCCCACCUGGUCCCUCCCUCUCUUAUCUAUCAGUUAUCCCCAAAUAUAUGUAGGUAGUCCUUGAAUUACCUGCAUGCACAUCACAGUCCUAACUCGUGAUUGUCAUAAAUUGGGUCACCCACGAGCAACCCAAUGUUAUGACCUUUUUUGCAGCUGUCGUUAAGUGUAUGCUGCAAUUAUUAAGCAAAUCCAUAGUUUGCUAUGGGCCAGUUUUGCUGAAAAUUGUAAGUAAAUGUUAUUUUAUUUUGCAAAAACAUAAAAUGCAGCCAUGUCAUCAUGGGACACUGCAAGUGGUAGAGAAUGCAACUGUCUUGCCAAAUGUCAAAAGUGUGGUCAUGUGACUGGGGGGGGGGUUCAUCAGAACUUUGAAUCCAGGUUGUAAAUUCCCCAAGAGGUCCAUUGUAACAUUGAAUGGUCACUAAGUGACUGGUUUUAAGUUGUGUAUACAUAUCUGUAUACAUAAGUAUAUGGCUACCUACCUAAAUAAAUGCUUUGGAUGUUUAACAGUGCUUUGAUAGUUUUUACUCAGUUCUGAGACUUGUAUAACAAAAGAAAAUUGUAGGUAAACAUAAACAUAUUUUUUGCUUACAUGCUGCCUCAAUAAUUGUCUCUCUAUUAUUAUUGCUAUUUGUAUUGAUAUUUGGGUGAGCUUGGACAGAGUACAGGCUCUACAGAAGACAAUCUGCUUGAUUAUUUUUGGAAGUAAAGAAUUUCCAAACUUCUAUCUGGAGCUAUCCUCCCCAGUUCAAUUAAAAAAAAUAUGCUAAAGGUUCUCAUAAUUCUGUGAAAUCAAUCAUUCUUACCCCAGUGAAUUCCGAUUUGGUCUGCUUUACCUCAACAGCGUUUAAACUAAACCAACGAAUGUACAGUUUGAGUUACUUAUUCUAUGGUUGGCAUAGAGGUACUUGCUAUUGAAUACGUAAACAGGUUAUCCUUGAUGAUACCACCACCCAUGAGCUCCUUGGGUACUCAAGCCAACAUUCAAAAAUAUGUGGUACAAUUUGCCAUUCUUGAGAUGAGGCUA